AAAUCUGGCGUACAAAUCAGAAAGCAGAUAGUAUGAAUUCGAAAUUCUUACCCUAUUUGCUGCAGAAAGGCUUUCACUGUGUUCCACUCCUGAAGCCGAUUUGGGGAUUAGGGUUUCUUCAAUCGGGGGAAAAGUUAGUUAAUCGCUUCCGGCUAUGGAAUUCACCCACUAAUCUCCACAAACAAAGAUUCUCCCACGUCAAUUUCAUCAUCCAACUCAUUGAUUUUCUCCAAUUUUGGGAUAUCCGAUGAAUCAAGUGAAGAAUAUGCUUCCCCUAUUCCCACAAAAUUGGUUUUAAUGGCGUCUCACGUUUCCGCCUGCCGUGUUCCUAAUUUGCACGAGCAAUCGAAGUUGGAUUGAUUCUCGAUUUCUCCGGGGAGUUUAAUGGCGGUGACGAGCGACGAUCGAUCGGAGAUAGUGUUUUUUGACGUGGAGACGACGGUACCGAACCGGCCGGGGCAGGGUCACACCAUUCUGGAAUUCGGAGCCAUUUUAGUCUGCCCUAGGAAGCUAGUGGAGCUCCGGAGCUACUCCACGUUGGUGAAACCGGCAGACCUUUCGCGCAUCACGUCGCUCUCCGUUCGCUGCAAUGGCAUUACAAGGGAAGCUGUGGUGGCCGCCCCAGCCUUUGAGGAUGUUGCUGAUGUCGUCUAUGAUCUUCUCCAUGGAAGAAUAUGGGCUGGCCAUAAUAUUCUACGAUUCGAUUGUGCUCGGGUAAAAGAGGCAUUUGCUGAAAUUAAUAGAUCCCCUCCUGAGCCUAGAGGGACACUUGAUUCGCUGGCUAUAUUAACACAGAAGUUUGGAAGGAGAGCUGGCGAUAUGAAGAUGGCAAGUCUUGCAACGUAUUUUGGGCUUGGUCGGCAAACACAUAGGAGCUUGGACGAUGUCCGAAUGAAUCUCGAAGUCCUCAAGUACUGCGCAACUGUUCUAUUUUUGGAAUCGAGUCUCCCGGAGAUUUUUACAGAGAACAGUUGGGUUUCUCCCAACACUACCACAAGAAGUCGAGCUAACGGAAAAGGCCCCGUCAGGCCGGCACCGCCGAUCGAAUCAAGCAUUCAGAUCGAACAAUCUCCAUCAUCUCCCCCAACACAUCCAAUACUAUCGCUUAUGACUCCAGCGUCGCCUGUCGACGAAUCCAAUUACGCGAACCAGGACCCGUUCACUGGUAUCGGAACUCUUGCCGAUGGACUGGAGAGCGGAUCUCUCUCCGAGGACAGUAUGGAAGAAGAGAAAACGGAAACGACGCCUACAGAAUCAUCGACAACGCUCAGCAACAGGGAAUCGUACGGCUAUCAUGACUUCUUGGACCCCGACAGUGUGUCGGAAUCUUUAGUAUCAGUUAAGCUCGUCGACUUCUUCCGCGGGACUAAGAAAAUACAGGUACUGUACCAGAAUUUCCCGCUGCAGCUUCAGUGUACGCACCUGAAGAUUCGGUUUGGGGUCAGCGGAAAGUUUUUUAACCGCGAUGGACGACCACGGCUGAACUUUGUGGUCGAUGCACCCCCGAGCCUCGCCAAGAUUUUGGAUUUAAUCGACAGCCUUGCCCAGAAACUCUCUGUUGAAUCGGGUAGCAGUUCUGAAUGGCAUCCUGUGGUAACCAGAAAACCGGGCUUCUACAAUACUCCGACUGUUCGAUUGCACUUACCAACAGCAGCAGAUGGAGAAAUUACCCGAUUGGGGACAGAAAUUUACCAGAAGGAUAAUUCGAGGGUUGUUUUCAGCACAUUUGACAUAGUCGAGCUAGAGUCUCUGUUCUCUCCAGGCGACUCUCUGGAUGCGUAUUUCUCGUUGGAUGCUUACGAUUAUCAGCAAAACGCAGGUAUCCGGCUCGUGACUAAAAAACUCGUAGUCGAUUCGAGCUAGGUUGCGAUAGAAAGAAGAAAUAGAAUGAAAUGAUGUUGAUGAACUAGUUACUACUAACUCUUGUCUUAUGGUUUUAGGACAACAAACUUGUGUUGAAAUUGUCUUUUCUGUGUAUAGAUAACAGCAGUAGUUGUAGUAACUUCACAUUUGAAUGUUUCUUACAUAAAUUCAAAUUUAUUUGUUUCGACAA